GUGUGUGAUAAUGUUAUUAUUCUCCUCAGAAGGGGAGAUAUGAGGGCGGGUUAUUAUACAGUGCGGUAUAACGGGGGAUAAAGAGCGCCCCCUACACUUACGUCAUGAAGUCACAGAAUCUUUUAUAAGACUUCCAGUGAAAGCGAUUCCCGUUCUGUAUAAGUCACUGAUUUACUGAGGAUGGACAAAAACAAGAGUGACAGGAUAUUACAUCUCACCCUGGAGAUCAUCUACGUGCUGACCGGGGAGGAUUACACAGCACUGAUAGAGAGAUCUGGUGAGUGUGUGACACCCAGGAGCCAUCCCCAUGUGUCAGGAGGAUGGAGCAGGACCCAGAGCCUCAUCCCGGUGCCUCCACCUCACUCCCUGAUACAUGAGAGAGACAGUGACCAGAAGAUCCUGGAACUGACCAAUCAGAUCAUUGAGCUGGUGACAGGAGAGGUUCCUAUACAGUGUCAGGAGGAGAUGGAGAAGUCAGAAGGACACCGGGACCUGUAUGAGGAUGUGAAGAUGGAGAAUCACUGGCCCCUCUCAUCACUGGAUGGGUCCAGGAGCAGAAAUACCUCAGAGACAGAUCUCCACCAUCUUCAUCCACAGGACUGUACAGAGGAGAAUCACUGGAUCCCACAGGAGGAUCAGACUGACAUCCUGACUGCUAUUAAAGUAGAAUUUCUAGAGGGAGAGGAAGAAACGUAUGCCAGGGGUGAUCGUCAGUGUAAAGAGGAGGAGGAGACGUAUGUGAGGGGUGAUCGUCAGUGUAAGGAGGAGGAAAUCCCAACAGAUAUCAGCGCAGCAGAUGGAGGCAAACACAGGAAUAUCUUGGAGGGACAAAUACUUUUAUCUGCAGGUUUUGAAAUAGGUGACAACAUCAUCAGACAAGAUUUUCCAGGAGUAAACCCCGUUACCCUAAAUAUACAUCCAUUACUUCCCAGUGCAGAUAAAUCAUCGGAUCCCACUAAUCCUGAGACAUGUUCCCCUGGUAACGUACAUAUUGCCAUACAUAGUACAGCUCAUACAGAGGACGCAAUCGUUCCGUGUGCUGAGGACGUUCAAUGGUUUACAGCUACAUCGUAUCUUCAUACACAUCACGGAAGCAACACAGCGGAGAGACCGUUUCCAUGUUCAGAGUGUGGGAAAUGUUUUACACAGAAAUCAAAACUAAUUAGACAUCGGGCAACGCACACAGAUGAGAAACCGUUUACAUGUUCUGAGUGCGGGAAAUGUUUUAAAUAUAAAUCAGGUCUCGUUGAACAUAAGAAAAGGCACACGGGAGAAAGGCCCUUUCCAUGUUCUGAGUGCGGGAAAUGUUUUACACUAAAAUCAAGUCUCAUCAUACAUCAGAGAAUGCACACAGGGGAGAAAUUAUUCCCAUGUUGUGAGUGCGGGAAAAGGUUUACCAUGAAAUCAAAUCUUGUCAUACAUCAGAGAAGUCACACAGGGGAGAGACCCUUUCCGUGUUCUGAGUGCGGGAAACGUUUUACGCAGAAAGCCAAACUUCUCAUCCAUCACAGAAUGCACACAGGUGAGAAAUUAUUCCCAUGCUCUGAGUGCGGAAAAUGUUUUACACACAAAUCAAAUCUUGUCAGACACCAGGCGACGCACACAGGAGAGAAGCCGUAUCCAUGUUCCGAGUGUGGGAAAUGUUUUGCCCUAAAAUCAAGUCUCGUUAUACAUCAGAGAGCGCACACAGGGGAGAAGCCUUUUCUGUGUUUUGAGUGUGGGAGAUGUUUUACGCAGAAAUCCAAACUUGUUAGACAUCACCGAACGCACACAGGGGAGAGACUGUACUCAUGUUCUGAGUGUGGGAAAUGUUUUGCAAAGAAAUCAAGUCUGGUCAGACAUCAGGGAACUCACACGGGUCAGAGAUCCUUUCCUGGGCUCUGAGUGUGGGAAAUAGUUUACACAUAAGAACUUGUUCAGCAUCAGAAACGUAACUCAGAAUUAGCUCCUUUCUGUUCAGUUGCCUUUGUUCUGUGUUGGGAGUAAAGCAGAAAGGGAGAGUAACCGUCCACCCAGACAAACCAUGUUGCAACGCAAGUGCACAAAUACAUUUAUUAUUGUUGCAUGCUGGGUAAAUACUGGCUGCUUUUGCAUGUAGCUUAUGAGUGCUAGACAGCUUUAUGACACUGCAAUUUGGACACAGCCCUCCCACAUCUAAUUCUUUCUGCACAACUUAAGUCUGUGCAGCAUGGCGUUACCCAGGUACAAAGUAUUAUUUAUUUAUUUAUUGGUACUUCACCCCCUCUCAGAAUUAGACACAAAAUUAUGCUGCAAUACUCCCUGAUUAAAGUUGUGACAUUAAUAUGCUCUGUAAUAUGUUCCUAUGUCACUGGGGAACAAAUACAAUGCUUCAUUGAGGGCUCUAGGGGUCAUAGAUAGGGUCUUAGUGUAUGCAUAUGUGUCAAUGGCCAGGUAAAGCAACCAUUCAUGUGUCCAUAGUAGUAUCAUGUAGUGAAAGGUCACAGCAAGUUAGCUUUGCAGGUUCUCCCACGUCACUUGCCCUUACCUAUAUAUGAUGUAUAACAAAUAAAGUUGUAUGUAUAAGAUUAA